AUGACGUCUGUAAGUUUACCACUACCAGUGUGUACUACUAAUUCUACUGUGAAAAAUUUAAAUGGAUCACAACAACAGGAGGGAUUUUCCAAUGCUCACUGUAGACGACAAAACAAUAAUAAUAUACCUUCGAACAUUGGCAACAUUUCAGUUUGUUCAGUGGGUACUUUCAAUUCAGUAAAACAAGCAGGUUCGAAUUCCCAAUUGUCAUGUAAUAAAUCUCGUUGUUGUACAAAUGGUCAAAUGGCACCAGGAGCAGUGACGACUAUAACACCAUCAGAUUCAUCAUUAUCAUCAUUAUACCCAGGUACAGAAUUAGUCAACGGAAAACCAGUUGUAGCUAAAUGGCGUCGUGCAUGCAGCUUUUACUUACGUGGACAUUGUAAAAAAGAAGAUUGUGAAUUUGCACAUGAUUUAACAAAAGUGACUUGUAAAUUCUGGGAGAUGGGUGAGUGUUUCAAAGGAUCCACCUGUCCAUUUCUACACGGUUAUCCACCAGAAUUGAAUAUUGAGCAGCAGCAUUCAUAAGUAAUAAACUGGAAUACGCGUGUGUGUACAUGGGCAGCUUUUAGUGUGUUCAUUUCCCU